UCUGUUUGUUUUGGUUCACUUAUUUGUUACGAGGUGGGGUGUUGCUAUCAUCAUCAACCAUCUUCUUGCAUAAUGUGACCUGAAGUACCUGAGGCCACACACUCCGGUACACUAGGUGGCGACAUUACUAGUUGGUUUGCGAGCCGCCAUUAAACUAGAGAAGAAGAAGAAGAAGCAGCAGCAGGAGCAGGAGAAGAAGAAGAACGUGUUGUCAUGUGUAUGUACUGUAGUAACGUGCACCGGUGCCUGUACUUCAACCAUGUGUUUUAGCCUUGGCGUGGGAAAAAAACUGAAUUUGAGACCUGCAGGACAAAUAACAUCAGUAGACACUUCAGCUUGAACAUGGAUCCCACAACGUCCCUCAAAAGAAAAUACGUCGCCCCCACAGCUCACAAGAACGGCAAACGAUUACUAACUGUGCAGGAAGGCAAUGGGACGCUGGAGUGUGAACGUCCACACCGCUCACCGAGGAUCUCUGUGCUGCUCGACCGCCUUCAGGAACCCAUUACAAUGAACGAUCUGACGGAGCUGCUUCAUUAUGCUGCUCUGGGGAAAGCAGGUGGCGUUAAACAGCCCAGUUGGUGUCGUCUCCUCCAUCAGAAGAGGAUUGCAGCUUUGAAUGUGGUGAUCGUGGAGGGCAUGACACAGAGUCACUUUUACAAACACUACCUCGCCCUGCUACACCUCAGGAGCAACUACACCACUAGGGUCACCUUUAUGCCAUAUCCUGAUGUGGCCUCCAGAAUCUUCAGCAGUGAAGUUCCUAAAUCAGCCACACUGUCCCCAAGACACAAAGAAAGCAGUCAAUUGCACAAAGCGCUGAAGCAUCACCCAGUAAUCGCAAAGUUUGGGACACAAAGGCGAGGACUGACAGCGUAUGUUCUCUCUCAGGAGGAGAUGAUCAAGAAAAACUACCCUGUCAAAGGAAUGCCAGGCUUUGAAGAAUUCAUGUGCACAAACAGUGCUGACUGCGUGACUGACUGCAGCCCUAUGUUUGGACUGGACUGUGAAAUGUGUCUAACAGAGAAGGGAAAUGAGUUGGCUCGAGUUUCUCUGGUGGAUAACGAUGGGAAUUGUGUGAUGGACGAGCUGGUGAAGCCUCCAAACCAAAUCAUCAACUACCUCACCAGGUUUUCUGGUAUAACUGCAGCGAUGUUGAAACCAGUAAAGACCACCUUGCGGGACGUUCAGGUGAAGCUCAGGGAUUUGUUGCCAAGCGAUGCAGUUCUGGUGGGCCAUUCAGUUAACAGCGACCUCCUGGCUCUGAAACUGAUCCACCCUCAUGUCAUCGACACCUCGCUGCUGUACAGGAGAGAGUUUGGACAGAGGUUUAAACUGAAGGUCCUGGCUGAGACGGUGCUCAGGAGGGAGAUACAAACUGAAGAGAGGAUGGGUCAUAAUCCCACUGAGGAUGCUGUGGCAGCCCUGGAGCUCGCUCAGUACUUCAUUAAAACAGGACCUCGCCAGGUUGUAGAACUUCACCUAGAGGAACUGUGGGGAUACACAAUUCAGGAGGAGCCGACUGACUGUGAACCUGAACCUGAACCUGAACCUGAACCUGCACCGAGUCACAGGUUUGCUGACGUAUUGCACACACACGGCCGGAAAGUAUCCUAUAUAGGGAAGCGCUCUGACAUCGCACUGAAUCUGUGCAAUCAGCAGUGGCACAACACUGACAAAGAGGUGUUGGCCACUUUCAGGAGUCAGGCCAGCUGUCCGUUCCUCUCAGUGCUCCCGUUUUCUUCCUUCUCAGACUGUCUGAAGAGGUGCACUCUUCACCAGCAGCUGCAGUACGAGAGGGUGUGUGCAAACCUCCGAGAUUUGUGCGUCGUGUUUGCCGGGCCGUUUCCCGCGGGUUUCUCUGAGGGGGAAGUGAGACGGCUGUUCUGUUGCUGCGGACCGGUUCGGAAAAUCAAAAUGAUGAACGCAACAGUCAGGGUUCAUGCAAAGGUUGAGUUUGAGCUGCUGGAGGGAGCUGUGCUGGCUUUAACUACUCUGAAUGGACUUUCUGUGCAGGGACAGCUCAUCAAGGUCCAGCGGCCCGUUGAUGAGUCAAUGCUGGAUGUGGAUCUGACUCUUGAUGCUUUGAUGUGUGACAGUCUGAACAGCAGUAACCUCUACACUGUUAAAUUAAACCCCCGUGUGGCUCAGCGGGUGCACUUUCCUGCAAACAUCAAUGGACACGCUUUCGGCUCUGGAAGUACAGCUGUCGACGGGUUUCCUCCUGCCAAAGUCAACGGCACCCAGCACACCACCGGGAAGUUUAAACUGUCUGAGGAGAUGGUCCGAGAGACAUUUUCCCCCUUUGGCACAGUGGAUCAAGUUGCCUUGCACCCCAAACCUGGAAAACAUGCAAGGCAUGCACUCAUAAAGUUCAAGAGUUCAGAGGAAAAAUAUGCUGCCCUCAGCUCCACCAAGGACCUCUGGAGGGAAAACUACCUCCUCUGUCCAUCCCUAACUCCGCCCCACUUACCUUCUUGGGUUGCCUUGACAACUGCAAUCACCACUGUGGAUCCUGACGAGGACGCAGCAGAAGACGAGGAGAGGACGCACACGGUCACCAGUUCUGAGGACCAGGAAAUGGCUCCCGCAAUCAGGAAGUUGGACCGCCGGCUGUGGAAGCUCUUCAGAUCUCUGCCAGACGGCACCCUGUCAGUGGUCAUUCUGCCCGGACACACCAGCGCUCAUGGACACAGUCCUGGUUUGUGCCUUAUGGAGGUCAAGAAUGGACAACAGUGGAAAAAAGCUGGUCGGGGAGAAUCCAGACCAGCAGGGGUUGAUCUCCUGUGUCACUUGAAGUGAAAUCAAUGAAGAUAUAAAAAUAAAUGAGUGGCUUUCAUUAUCUCA